CGUCCGUUCGCGAUCCGCAGUUCGCAGCUUUUCUAAAGCAUUCCGCCUUUUUGCUGAUCUGCACACUCCUCUUAACGGCCACAUCUGAACCUUACGCGCACGAAUCACCUACUCUUAUACACGCAAAGUCUCAUUUCGAUAAUUAAAUUUUACGUCGAGUGCUACAUAGCAAGUCCAAUGUACACUCUGAAUGCCGAUUCUGCUCUCACUGGAACAUUUGGCUCUAGCGCUCUACACCAAUUUCUAACUCGAGAUGCGAAAAGUACCCUUACGCCGAACGCGACGCAGCGUACGACCUUGAUCGUUGCCGGAUGCUAUAUUCUAGUUAUAGGAAUUCUAUGGCACAUUCCGGUUCUGAGUUGGAUAAUCUAUCCGUUCAAGCUGUUGACCGUAGGAUUUCACGAGAUGUCCCAUGCGUUCAUGGGCCUACUUACCUGUGCACAUAUACAUUCUAUCGAGCUGGACCCCGAUGAAGGCGGUGCCACGCGGAUGUCCGGUGGUGUUCCAUAUCUCACUCUCCCUGCAGGAUAUCUUGGUUCUUCUUUGAUUGGUGCUGCGCUUAUCGCUUGUGGCUUCGACACGAAUGCCAGCAAGAUUGCAAGUAUCGUUCUUGCUGUCUUCUUUUUGUUCACACUAUGGUGGUCAAGGAGAGAUUGGUUAACCUGGGUCUUGAUUUUGGGCAUGUCUGGGCUCAUAGUCCUCUUUUGGUUCGUCGCCGGCGGAGUAGCACUGCGAUACUUUGUACUAUUUAUUGGGGUCAUGAGCUGCAUGUAUUGCCUAUGGGACAUCAUUGACGACACUAUAUCCCGGAAGGUCAACUCCUCUGACGCCGCACAGUUUGCUAAAAUAUGUGGAUGCUGUCCAUCUCAAGUAUGGGGUGUUCUUUGGUUGUGUAUAUCCCUGGCAUUCUUCAUUGCCGGGGUCCUCGUUGGCCUUGUAGCAUUCAAGGAAAGCGCAGCGCAGCAGAAGGAGGACAGUUCAGUAUUUUUGCCUGUACCUGGGAGUAGCAGCGCAAUACCGUUGACUGCAACAGGAUAUGGUGUCUUAAGCUUGAUUUUGGUGGCCUUAGUCGGACUCCUUGGUAUUCCGAUGUAAUAUCGGGUGUCUUGAAAACGGACCUCCGUACAAGCAAUGGCGUCGAAUUGACUGGAAUGCUUACGAUAACAUCUGGCUGUACUGUAACUGCAUGAACUGUAAUGUAUGUAUGCUUUAUUUACUUAUUGUACUGAAGAUAUUCGCGGUCCAAUCCGGGUCCAAUCAAGUUGUUGUGUUGUCAAGAACGUGAAUCACUACUUGGCCUUGAGCGCGUUGGGCGAGUUGAUCGAGUUACAGAGGCUGUUGGGCUGCUGUUGAGAGGUAAAGACGAGGGAACGAGAUCCGUGAC